CGCGCGACUGAUGGGAAUCUGUUGAUGAGGACGGACGUUACGUCACGUGUUUCGUGUUGUGAAGAUGUCGGCCCAUGAUCAGCUGGUCCUGUGUUUGUGCGAAUUAACGCGGUUGCUGUGGAAGCUGCUGCUGCCUCUGGUCUUCCUCUGCGUUCUCCUGAUUGCGGUCCUUGUCCUGCUGGUGCUGGCGGUCCGAUUCUGGUUGCAGAGCUGCAGGAACGCCCGGCGGGCGAGGGAAGGCUGCCCCUCCGUGGCGUUUUUUCACCCUUACUGCAACGCCGGUGGAGGAGGGGAGAGGGUACUGUGGUGUGCCAUCAGGGCUCUACAAAACAGGUAUGCAGAUGUGAAUUUCGUGGUGUACACGGGGGACGUGGGGGUGACAGGGCAGCAGAUGCUGGAGGGAGCCAGGCGGCGAUUUAACAUCGUGCUCCCACGGCCGGUUCGCUUCAUCUUCUUGCAGCAUCGUGCGCUGGUGGAGCCCAGCCUGUUCCCUCACUUCACGCUGCUGGGGCAGAGCGUGGGCUCCAUUUUUCUGGGAUGGGAGGCGCUGACCGAGUUUGUGCCGGACCUUUACAUCGACUCUAUGGGUUAUGCCUUCACCCUCCCCCUGUUUCGCUACCUGGGAGGCUGCAGCGUGGGGAGCUACGUCCACUACCCCACCAUCAGCACAGACAUGCUGUCUGUGGUGAGGGAGCGGCACCCCAGAAUCAACAACCCGGACUUUGUGGCUAACAACUUGUUCCUGAGCGCCUUCAAGCUCGUCUACUACUGCCUCUUCGCUCUGCUCUACGGCCUGGCCGGCUCCUGCAGCGACGUCAUCAUGGUCAACUCCUUCUGGACCCUCGAUCACAUCCUGUCUCUGUGGCGCUCGCCCAACCGCACCAGUGUGGUCUACCCUCCCUGCGACGUCGGCGCCUUCCAGGACAUCCCACUGGAGGAGGAAGGGGACAGGAAGUGCCACUCCAUAAUUUCUGUCGGGCAGUUCAGGCCGGAGAAGGACCACCGGCUGCAGAUCAGAGCCUUUAAGAAGGUGUUGGACAGGAGGCGUCUCAGGGGCCGGGAAGAGCUGAGACUCGUUCUGAUUGGUGGAUGUAGAAACCAGGAGGAUGAGGACAGGGUGCUGAUGCUGAGGGGGCUUUGUCAGGAACUAGGUGUAGCCGACAGGGUGGAGUUUAAACUGAAUGUGCCAUUUGAGGAGCUGAAGCAGGAGAUGAAGGAGGCCACGAUUGGACUGCACACCAUGUGGAACGAACACUUUGGGAUUGGUGUGGUGGAGUGCAUGGCAGCAGGGAAGGUAAUCCUCGCCCACAAGUCCGGAGGUCCUAAGAUGGACAUCGUCAUACCUUUUGACGGGGGUCCAACCGGCUUCCUGGCGGACGACGAGGACAGCUACGCUGCAGCCAUUGAGCAGAUCCUGGCACUGUCGCCUAGCAGCCGCUUGGAGAUCCGACGGAAUGCUCGUCAAUCUGUGGCGCGCUUCUCCGAUCAGGAGUUUGAGGCCUGCUUCGUCGCCGCCAUGGAGCCUCUGAUGGGAACACUGGAACGAUGAUCCUUCUGUGUUGACUUUACAUAGUAAACCAACCCGGCUGAGAGUCCAAAACCUUUAUUUGAAGGGUUCUUUCAGUAAUUAAGACAUUUAGAAUUUAAACGUGUUUCUUUAGCGCAGCUUUCUCCAGAAGUUUUCAUUUCAGUGUUUUCAGAUCAGUGUGAGCUGGAAAAUUUAGUUGUUUUACAAAACUUAAUUACUUUUCCCAAAAUGUGAAGUAUUUUUUUUAUAUCAAAGUGUUUGUGUGAUUUAUAAAAAAGCAGAAAAUUAAGUGUGUUAAAGCUGUUCCAGCUACAAUCUGCUCACUUUAAACAUUAAAACAAUUAUAUUUUAGAUUGUCGUUGUUUUAGGACAGCUCUAUAUCAGAUCAGGGGCCAGACGUCAGGAAAUGUAAGUUGUAUUAUUUAAUUGUAAAUAAAUGCCAUUUGCUCUAA